AUGCCACCGCGAAGAACGAAAGACGCCAAAUCAGCGGGCGCCCUCACCAUUACAGCGCAAGAAAGUCGAUUCCAUACAGACAUUGAUGAGGACAACAACCUCAAAGAAAUUGUCGUCAAGGACUUGAGCAUCUCCAUCGGAAAUCGGGAACUCCUCUCCCAUGCGAACUUUCAACUCCAGCGAGGAAGACAUUAUGUCCUUCAUGGCAGGAAUGGGAUUGGCAAGUCGACUUUGCUGAGAGCCAUUGCAACGGACCAAAUUCCUAGCAUUCCGCGGGGUAUCAAAGUCCUUCUUUUAGGACAGACGAUUUCGGGGCUGGAGGAUGAUGUUGAGAAUUUGGAUAUGAAUGAAAUGAAUGUAUUGGACUUUGUCGUGAGGAGCGAUGAACAGCGGGAGAUCCUUCUACGCGAGGCCGAGGCUCUGGGGAAUGCGAUUGAAAACUCUGCGGAUCCGACUGCGGGAGUUUGGGCGUACAGGCAGGUCUCCCAUGAGAGGUUGGGAAGGAAGCUGGAGAAGAUUAAGCAGAUUGCUAUCAGGAGGAGUGGUGGGAGGGGAGCGGAUGCGAAGAAGGUGCUGUUGAAGACGGAGAAGGAAUUUGAAGUCUCGAAAGAGAGACUUGAGGGAGAGGUGGGAGCUGAGGAGAUGGGAGAGGAGACACAGAAGGCUGCGGAACUGAUGGUUGAAAUUCAGACCAGUUUGGAAUUGAUGGAUGCUUCUGCAGCUGAAGCAAAGGCUCGGUCUGUUCUCAUCGGCUUGGGAUUCUCAGAGGAGGCUAUCAAUCAGCCGCGAUCUCAACUUUCAGGAGGGUGGCGAACAAGAUGCAGUCUAGCAUGUGCCCUCUGCCAAUCUCCCGAUCUCUUGCUCCUGGACGAGCCAACAAACUUCUUGGAUCUGCCCUCCAUCAUAUGGCUCGAACGCUACGUCCAAGAUCUGACCGACACUACCGUAAUAGUCGUCACUCACGACCGCUCCUUUGGUGACUCCGUAGCAGAAGAGCUUCUAGUCCUCCGCAACCAAACUCUCGAACGCUUUCGCGGAAAUCUCUCCUCGUAUGAAAUGGACCGGUUGAAGACAUACAAACACAUGACUCGUCUCAAGGAUGCUCAAGACAAGCAAAAGAAGCAUAUCCAAUCCACUAUUGACGGCAAUGUCGCAGCUGCGAAACGUGCUGGGGAUGACAAGAAGCUUAAGCAAGCUGCGUCGAGAAAGAAAAAACUUGACGAACGGAUGGGAUUACAGGUCUCUGCAAAAGGAACCAGAUUCAAGUUGAAUCGUGAUCGAGCGGGAUACUAUGCUGAUGGACUGAGGAACGAAAUUGAGGUCCCGACGUUCGAUCCUCCCGCGACCAUGACCAUUCCUGCCGAGCCUUCAGAUUUGAGGUUUCCCGGUAGUCUUGUCAGCUUCGAGAAAGUUGGCUUCUCGUAUGGGGUUGGAAAGAACAAGAAGCAGAUUCUGAACGACAUCGACCUGACGAUCCAGCUCGGCGAUCGAAUCGGUAUCGCCGGGUUGAAUGGGUCGGGGAAAUCGACGUUGGUGAGUCUGGCGAUGGGUGUUGUCACUGGAUCGGGGAAGCCGAUGAUGCCAACAAGCGGAGCUGUGACGAGGCAUACCAGAGCCAAGUUUGCAUUAUAUUCACAACAGGCUGCGGAGGAGCUCGAGACUCUAGCUACGAAGAGGCCAGAACUCACGGCUUUGAGCCAUUUGAUGGAAUUUGUUGGGCUGGAAAUUCCCGAACAAGAAGCUCGUGGCCUGCUCGCAGGAGUUGGGUUGGCCGGCAAGAUUGCUUCUGAUGUCCCGAUCGCUCUUCUUUCCGGAGGCCAGCGAGUGCGACUGGCUCUGGCGAAGAUUUUGUCACAUCCACCGCAUCUCCUCAUUCUUGAUGAGGUCACCACACAUCUGGACACGGAUACUAUCCAAGCACUGGUCACCGGAUUGAAAAGCUAUAAAGGUGCCAUCUUGGUGGUCACCCACGACCGGUUCUUCAUGCGUUGCGUGGUCGAGGGAGAGUCCAUGAGAGCGCUGGCUGCAGCUUCGAGGCCCGAAGAUGAGGAAAGUGAGGAGGAUGGCGGGAGCGAUGAGGACGAUGAUGGUGAUGAAGGGGCGAAGAGGAUGAGACUCGUGUAUAGAUUGAGCAAGGGAAAUUUGAGCGUGCUAAAGAAGGGGAUGGAGGGGUAUGAGGAGAUUGCUGCGAGGACUGCGGCGAAAAUGGGAAAGACAUGA